GAGCGCGAGAGAGAUAGAGGGAGAGAGAGAGGGGUGGGUGUGUACCGUAGCGGUCACUCCUCCUCCCUCAGUUCGUGUUAGAGCACUCUUCGCUCGUUCACUCCCUCGGCGGAGCUCCGGGGCUGUAUCGGUGAUGAUGGCGGCGGCAGAUCGAGGCGCGCUGCGGGCGGCGGUGCUGCUGAGCCCGGCCUGCGGCGGAGCGGGACCGGCCGGAGCUGGAGCGAGCGGAGCCGGCGUGCUGAGCACAGGCUCGGUGGUUGUGGGUCCCGGCCCCGCGCCCCUGACCGUGCCCAUGAACCUGUUCGCCACCUGGGAAAUCGACCGGUCCUCUCCGAGCUGCGUGAACAGGCUGUGCAGUCUGACUCUGAAGAGGCUGAUUAUUCUUAGGGAGUUGGAUAAAGAACUGAACUCGGUCGUCAUCGCCGUCAAAAUCCAGGGUUCCAAACGUGUGUUGAGAUCCAAUGAGUACGUUCUUCCUCCCAGCGGUCUGAUGGAGACGGAUCUGGAGCUCACCUUCUCUCUGCAGUAUCCACACUUUCUGAAGAGAGAUGCUAACCGGCUGCAGAUCAUGCUGCAGCGACGGAAACGCUACAAAAACCGGACGAUCCUUGGCUACAAGACUCUCGCUCUGGGGGUCAUCAACAUGGCUGAGGUGAUGCAGCAUCCUACAGAUGGAGGUCAGAUCCUGGGUCUCCAUAGCAACAUGAAGGAUGUUCCAGCACGUGUGGCGGAGAUCAGUGUGUUCUCUCUGUCCAGCCAGCCGAUUGACCAUGAGGACGGUGGCCAGAGCAGGAACAAGAACAAAAACAACGAUCGCUCCCCUGAUAUGGAUAAUUAUUCGGAGGAGGAUGACGACAGCUACUCCUCAGAGCAGGAGGCCAGCGAUGACGCAGUGCACGGACAGGACCUUGACGAUGAAGACGAUGACAUCCAGAAGCCCAAGAAAUCUCGACGGAAAGUGAUCCGAACCACCUCCAUGACUCGGCAGCCGAACUUCAAGCAGAAGUUUGUGGCUCUGCUGAAGAGGUUCAAGGUGACGGAUGAGGUUCUGGACUCAGACCCGGUGGAUCAGACGCAGGAGGUGGAGGAUCUGGACCUGCUGUACGACAGCCUGGAGGAGCACAACCACAGCGACAGCGGCCCUGACGUGGAGGACAACGAGAGCGUGCUUAGCACACCUAAACCAACUCUGAGGCCGUUUUUUGAGGGAAUGUCUCACUCCAGCUCUCAGACUGAGAUCGGCAGUGUACACAGUCAGAGGAGUCAACAACAGGACACGGGCUGCGGCCUCCUGCCUGUGGCUCCUGAGGAACGACAGCAAGAGGAGACGAGCACAAACACAAACAGUGGGGACGCUGAGGGGGAGGACGGUGGUUUAGUGAUGGGAGACGACACCUGCACUGACCGACUGACCGGCUCCACAGCCAGACUCUGCAAGACUGAGUCACAGAACCAAGCGUCUCCCAGUAAAGCAGAGAGCCGGCUGGCCAGGAGGGGGCGGAGUCUGAAGGAUCGGCAGAACUCCCGAAAUCAGACUGACCGAACGAUCAGUGUGGAGAGCGAAAACUCACCGGACUCACGCCAACCAGCACAGGUGCCCAGGAAGUCGGUGUAUGAUCAGCUGAAUCAGAUCCUGAUCUCUGACGAGAGACUUCCAGAGACCAUCAUCCUCAUCAACACUGUGGACUGGCAGGGACAGUAUGUAGCAGAGGUUCUCCGUAAACAGGCCCAGCCUAUCGUGUCCACCUGCUCUUCUGCAGAUGUUCAAGCUGCAUUCAACACCAUCGUAACUCGCAUCCAGAGAUUCUGUAACUGCAAUGCUCAGACUCCACCCACCGUUAAGGUCGCCGUGGCGGGAGAUCAAAGCUACCUCAGCACCAUCCUGCGAUUCUUCGUGGAGCAGCUGGCCAACAAAACGCCCGACUGGCUGAGUUACAUCCGCUUCCUCAUCAUACCGAUCGGUUCUCACCCUCUGGCGAAGUGCGUGUCGGCGUUCGACAGCAGGUUCAGCGGUCUGUUUAUGGACACGGCGUGGAGGGAGCUGUUCUGCAGGACGGAGCCGCCGGCUGCAGACAGUGUUGAUGUAGCAGGGCGGAUCCUUCAGUACCUCGCUGGGGCCAACGUCUCCCACCAGUUCCCCAUCUCUGAGGCAAUGCUGACCUACAAACACAAAAGCCCUGAUGAAGACUCCUGUCAGAAGUUUGUGCCGUUUAUUGGGGUUGUAAAGGUGGGAAUAGUGGAACACAGUCUGUCAACAUCAGUGGACUCUGAUGAUGCUAUGGGCGGCGGCAUUGGCAUCCUGACCACACCCCCAUCCCAGCCAGCCACACCCCAUGGGAGGGAAAUCUGUGUGACUCCACCCCCUUCCCCCUCCACCUGUACAGCCAUGUCUGGAGUCGGGUCUCCGGGUGCAGGUGGGGAGCUGAUGGGUCUGCAGGUGGAUUACUGGACGAUGCAGGGCGGAGAGAAGAAGCGCGAUGGAGAGAAAAGGGAGGCGGGGCUGAAGAACACGCUGAAGAGUAACUUCCGCUUUCUGCAGGUCAGCCGUCUGCCCUGCAGGGGGGAGCUCACCCCCCCGCCCAGCAUGGCCAUGACUGUCAUCACCAAGGAGAAGAACAAGAAAGUGAUCUUCCUCAGUAAGAAGAUGAAGGAGAAGGAGCUGGACUCCAAGAGUCAGGUGAUCGACGGCAUCAGCCGAUUAAUCUGCACCGCCAAACACCAGCACACCAUGCUCCGAGUCUCUAUAGAUGGUGUGGAGUGGAACGAUGUGAAGUUUUUCCAGCUGGCCGCUCAGUGGCCCACCCACGUCAAGCACUUUCCUGUGGGCAUCUUCGGCUACAGCAAGCACAUCUGAACUCACCUGAGCUCACCUGGGGUCACAUGAGGUUACCUGAACUCACCUGAGGUUACGUGAACUCACCUCAGCUCACCUGGGGUCACAUGAGGUUACCUGAACUCACCUGAGGUCUCCUGAGUUUACAUGAACUCACCUGAGGUCACCUGAACUCACUUGAGCACAUGUGAACUCACUUGAACUCAUUUGAGCUCACUUGAACUCACCUGAGGUCGCCCGAGCCCAUGUGAACUCACCUGAACUCAGCUGAACUCAGCCGUGGCGACAGGUAGAGCUAAAGGAGUACCAGCCAGUCUGACGCAGCAGUACUGUUUCCUGUGGAAACUCUACUGUCUCACUUUCAGUGUUUUCACAUUUAUAUUUGUGUUUUUUGUCGUUGUUUUUUUACAUUAUAUAAACAGUUAAUAUUUUAUAUUUUAAUAUACAGAAAAACUCGCUGCCACUUCUAAAAGAAAUCCGUAUUUUUGAUUCUCGACAAGUCGCCACCUGAGGCAGCUGUUGAUGCACUUUGUGUGUUUGUUUAUUUGUUUACUUUGUUUACUUGCUUCCUGUGAAACCCUGUGUGGGAUGUUUUUGCACAAACAGAAGUGUGCAGGUGUGUCGCUGAGGGCAGGUGUGGCUGUGAGAGUCUGGACCUCUUUAACCUGAAUCUGCGCUGGUUUAUCAUUUUUCAGAAACUUGUUUUUUACUGUAACAGAACAAUAUUAACACAUUGACCUGCCUCUCACUGUCAAAGCACAGCCGUAGCAAAAAACACUAAGACUGGUCCAGAAUGCAGAGAGUAGCACCGAACACAGUUACAGUACAGUCACUACACUCGUCUCCACUGAGAACCCUGUUCUGUAUUUAAUACCAUCAUUAUCAUAAUAAUAAAGGAUAUUAAAUGAAAUGAACAUGAUUUGAAGCAGCAGCAGGAAAAUGUCUAAAUACACUGCAGAUAAUUAAAUCUUGGGAAGUGAAAUGAUCUUAAAUCUAUGCAAAAAGAUGGUUCUUCAAGGGUUCUUUAGUAAAAAAGAAAAAGUGGUUCUGUGUGAGCCGUGAACACGGCGUUUAAUAUGUUUUAAAGUUCGCAGUUCCUUCACCAAAUUAUAGUUCCUUAACGAGCAGCUUGUUGCUACAUCAGA